CAACCGUUGUUGUGUGCAGAGGGUCCCGGUUCGCGAGGGGACGCCAUAAAGUUAUACUAUUAGUUAAUUGUAGUAUACUGCAAACAAACUAGUUGAGCUUCACCUGUCCACCGGAAGUUGAUGCUGUUGCUAUGCAUCAUUUUCCUAGCUUGUUAGCAUACCAAAUGACUAAACAUUUUACGAUUUCGGUUAUUUGUAAAUUCAAUCUGGAACACCAGAGUGCGGUCUGGGCGUUCGUAAAUCCAGAGCCUUGUCAGAAUGUCCGUUCAUAAAUUCGGAGCGUUCAGAGCGCACACUGGACGCUCUGGCGCGAGGAGUAGGGUUGAUCUGAGCAUUCAACCGCGGUCAAGCUAACGAUGGCUAGAUGGAGAACACCUCACUCUGACCAUUUUACUCGCCCUAGCAGAGCUGGUUAGGCCAUUUAUGUUAUCUAGAGCGUUGGUGACUAACUGUGCUGCUGGCAUCAAUUGAAUUACCUUUUUUUUUUGCCGACGUUUACUGACACUGGCCAUAUUCAACCAGUGUUGAGCAUUCGUAAAUUCAUCAGUUAUUCUGCGCGAGAAUGCUCUGAAAUCGGAGUAGUAAAUAAUACUGCAUGGCAAAUUCUAUGUAUUAGUAGCCAACUAAUGCUGGGUAGAUGGCUAACAUACAGGUACCAACUGCUAUAAUGCUAGACGGUUUGUAAGAAUAGCGUAGCUAACAAAUUGUCAGCCAACGUAACGUAAGUUAUUUUAAGUCAUUACAUUGCUCAACAUUUUUUUACAAUUUGUCAUAAUUAAAACAAUGAAUUUGUAUUCGCCUUCGGCUGCAUAUUUUCCGGCAUAUCUACAAAUCUGAAAGCGUGAAGCCACGCCCAUUUUCGGAAGAAUUGCAUUAUGGGUCCUAAAAGCACGGAAAGUGUCCCCUGCAUGUAUACUUCGUAUUUUGGCCAAUUUAGCACGACUUUCGGGAACUUUUGACAUACUAACUAUAUCCAUACUAUGACCAUACUCAAUUCACGUCACAAAUAGUGCGGUUAGUAGCUGAGUAUUCGAACACAGCUCAGGUUUAGUGAAGAGAAUAAUAGUAGGGAGGUUUCACACUCCAGUACAGUAGGUGGCGGUGUAUGCACCUUUCAGUUGGUUGCGAUCCGAAAAUACAAAUGUAAAUAAGUAGUAAACGGAAGUGAAUAGUGAUCAAGAACAAUUUUCACGUUAGCGUUUUUGUUUUGUUAUUUUCACAUGUAUUAACAUCCUGGAACUCAAUGCGAUUCAUUUUAACUGCACAACGUCACAUACUUAACUCCGGUAUUCUUUAAUUCGCGUUGGAGACAGGACUUGGUUGAUGUAUGUUAUUUAGGUAACGCUAGCUAGGUGCUAACGUUAGUUAACAAUAGCUAACGGUAUGGUUUUUCACACUCAAAUAGCCUCGAUUAUGGAGGUGCUAGCGAAUGCAGCCGUGGCAGAGAUCUGUAAAGUCGUAGACGACGACUAUGCAGUGUUUCGUUUGGAAAUAACUCAUAGCCAAAAAGAAAACAGGGGAUUGCGGAGGAAACUACAGCUGCUGGAACUGAAGGUGGCACGGGAGCGCGCAGAGAAGACAAUACGAGAGCGCGUCCUCGCCAGUCGUCCCAGUAGUGUCAAGAUCCUCGAUCGAUACAGAGGAAUGGCAAGAGGUGAAGGACAUCUCACUGGAGGCCACAGGAGCUUUGUGAAGCCAGCGGGACACAAUACAUGGAGAGAUGACCAACCAAUAACUGUUGAUGAGGGGAGUGGAACCUCAACCCAGCACGUUGUCAUGAUAGAGUCUGCAGAUGCAGAGGCUGCAGGUCCUGGAGGAUCGUCUCUGGUCAAGAAGGAGAGGACUGAAGGAGAGGAGGACCCACGGCACAGCGGAGACAUCCAGACUGGAGCAGUGGCUACAGUGGCACCUCCUGUAGCCAUGGAGGACCUCACAACUGCCGCGCCACCCAAGCCCAGGACCGGACACAGCAUCACGGAGGAGGAAGAUGGUCCAGAGGUGCUACUGGUGAAGGAGGAGGGGUAUGAAGAGGGUUUAGGGAACACUGAGGAGGAAAACCAGACUACACCUCCUCCUGAACCCACAGAGGAACCAGCUGAGCAGCACAGGACCACACACAGUCUCACUGAGUCAGUCGACAUGGAGGAUGGGAAGAUUGAUCUGCUGUUGGUCAAAGAGGAGACAAUAGAGGACGGACCAGAGAGCAUUGAUCUGCUGAGUGGACUUAAGAUGGGGGAGCAAGAUGUUUGGCCAGAGGCUAACAGAGGGGACUGGGCAGUCAUCUUGAAUUCCCAGACCCAGACGGGUGCAGCCAAAGGCCCAGGGGAUGACAUGACUGAUCAGGCCAGAACCAGAGGUGACAUAGUGGAGUCUGCAGUCCAUGAAGACCUGAGAAUAUCUGGUGUUGCUGGCAGGAGAGACUGGGCCUCUGAGGUGGCUGGUCACAAACCCUGGCUCCUGAUCAGGACCCUGAAUCAGGAGCCGUCGCUCUUCCUUCCCGAGUCGGAACGGGGACCGAAUCGAGAGGGGCUGAGACUCCACCAAUACACAGAACACAAUCAGUGGACAGGUGGACUGAACAACAGUCCUGGUGGUCAUCAGAGAGACAGAGACUCCAGUCAGGGAUCCAGUCUGCAGCCCAGACCCUUCUCUUCACAGUCUCAGUGCAGGGAUGAAGCAGGGCCUGGGGCUGAUAGAGAUAAACCCUCCUGUUCCUAUGAUACAAACACCACAGCAUCCAUGAUGAAUAGAGCAGGUCACCCUGGGCUUCAGCCUUCACGGAGAGUGGUGGGAGACCCCCCCGGUGAUAGUCUAGCAGCAAGUCUGUCUUCUCCUUCAGGAUCUUGUCUAAUGCCUGUUGACUGGGUUCAUAGAAGUCCUGGACCUGGGUCUAGCCUUCCUCAGCUACCUCAUGGUUACCCCACCAAUACAGACAGGGCCAGGAUUGGCGUUCACCACAAGAGGUACCUAGCCUAUAACACAGCACACAAUCCCAACAACACCCAAACAAUGGUUAGAGGUCAAGGAAGGAGCUCAAACACUAACCCCCUGAGGGUGGUGGCUUCUGCUUCUACCUCCUCUGGUGUCAUUGGGUCACAACGUGGGAGGCCGAGUAUUAGGACGGACGAAGAAAAGCCAUACACCUGCCCCACGUGUGGGAAAUGCUUUGCUAAGGCGACCUAUGUGAAGAAGCACCAGACUAUUCACAUCAAGGAGAAGCCCUUCAAGUGCAAACUAUGUUACAAGAGCUUCUCAUUCCUGAGUUACCUUAUCAGACAUAGGAGUGUCCACAACAGGGAGAAAUCAUAGCAUUGUGUCUUGAGAUGUACACAGGGGAUAUCUGGAAACAAUUAUUUAGCUGAAAUAUUAUAUUUCACAUGUGAAAUGUCCUGGAGUUUUGGGGGGGAUUACCAAGUCCCUCAGUUGAGAAUCUGGGUGAACUCACAUUCUCACAUGAUACAGACAUGUUGUUUGGUGUGCUGGCAUAGCCAAAACACUGUCAUGUUACUGAAGAGUUACUAUAUUCCCCCUCUAUUCAUGUUACUAUGUUACUAUAUUCCCCCUCUGAAUUUGGUUUUGCCUAUGUUCUAUUCAUAAUAAAUAUGUCCCUCUUUUUUUAUAACUGUUAUAAUACCCCCAAACACAAUCAGGUUGUACCUGUUCCUUUAUUUACAAAAAAUAGGUGAUCAAAAUACACCCUCUUUUUAUAACACCUUUAUAACAAGCCAGGUCUGCUGAGAUGAUCAUUUCUUACCAGUUAGUAUCAAAGCCAAUGAUGAAUUUUCAAAAUGCCGCUUUACCCAUGUGUGUUCUGGCUUUGGCCCAACCCAUCAGUUUCUGGGGCCAAUCAGAACAGUUAGAAUGUGUUUGCGUUUUAGUAAUUGUCAGGGAGGUACUCAGAUCCACACUCAUUGUGGAGUGUUUGGCCGAGUUUGGGUAGCCAGGCAAAGCAAGUCACACUCAAAGUUAUCUGUAUUUAUACUGAUGUACGUCACCAUGUCAGUAGCCUGAAGGCUUAAGGCAGGGGUGUCAAACUCAUUCCACGGAGGGCCUAGUGUCUGCAGGUUUUUGGUUUUUCCUUUCAAUAAAGCCCUAGACAACCAGGUGUGGGGAGUUCCUAACUAAUUAGUAAUGUAAUUCAUCAAUCAAGUACAAGGGAGGAGCGAAAACCCGCAGACACUCGGCCCCCCGUGGAAUGAGUUUGACACCUGUGGCUUAAGGUCUUGUGAUGACUGGGGUAAAAUAUUAAACAUGAACGAAUGUGCACCUGUACUUGAGAUUGCAGAGUGACUGGAUGGCUCUUCAAACUGUUUAGGAUGGUAAUUAACCACAUGCCCCUCAUUAACCCUUUGUUAACUUGUCAUUUGAAAUGGGUUUGUGUGAACUGUUUUCAGAGACAGUAAUCUCAGGCUAGAACAAGGACAGUUGAAUAUUUACCUUACUGAGGUGAUGUAGAUGGAAUAAAGUAAUAACAUUUGUGUUCUACUAUGUUCUUGCUAACACACUGUUCUUUCUAAACAAUUCUGCUCUGAGCUUGAAAGAUACUGUAGUUAUCAUGAAGAGGAUUUUUUGAUUUAUUAUUAGGAUCCCCAUUAGCCAACACCAAUGGCGAAAACUAGUCUUACCGGGGUCC